GUGCCAGCCCUCCACGACCUUUCUUUGCAAAGUUACGGAAGUUACAAGAGAAGCCCUAAAUUAAUUUUCCAUUUUCUUUCUAUAUCUGACAAUGAACAUUUAGGGCUUCUCUUGUAACUUCCGUAACUUUGCAAAGAAAGGUCGUGGAGAGCUGGAAAGCGUCUCAGUUUGAUGCAAAAUUUCCAGGCUACAAUCCCAACAUGUUGAUAAAACUUUUCCUAGGGUUUCAGGGAAUUCCUAGAAAACCGAUUCUCCAGAGAAACACUAGGAAAGAUCUAUGGGCGCAAACGACUAUCAUAUUCGUCAUCAGCGCCCUUGAUUACAUAUAAAUUGCCAGGUUUGAACAAAAUCGGAGUGCGACACUUGGGAAUGUUCCCUCGUGAGAGUCGUCUGUUUGAAGCUAUUCAUUUUUUUGAAAUGUGCAUGUGUAAACAUACUUUUUUUUUGGAAACAUAAUCUGAGAGAACUUCUCAAAAACCGUGUUAAAAACCGUCAAACACAUUCAUUAAGAUCAAAAGUAGCAUGAACUCUGAGAGUACAUACUCUGGGCUUCCACGAUUUUGUAUAUCUCGUGUAUAAAAUAUUAUAUAUUUGACGAAGUUUCAACAUCAACUGAUCCAUAUUCAGGUAUAACUAAGUACCCAUAGUACCGGUUAACUGAGUACCCAAGCUGUUUGGUCACUAAACCGUAUGGAUACCCAAACGAUAAUAAUAUAAUAAACUCCUAUUUUUUCCAUGAAGGAAGCAUUUUUGAGGAUCGACAAUAUAGGUACUCGACCCUCAGAAAUGCUUCCUUCAUAAAUACUAUAAGUACUGAUACUGGUGUAUAUCUAUCUAUAUUGAUGAAUAAUAUCAAAGAUGCCCUGAGGUCUCUAUCUGUGGACAAAAUCAGUGUCUUCUUAUCCUAUGUGCUAAUUGUGCUAUAGCACAGGGGCUCGGCUGACUCAGGGGCCCAAUCGAACAGCUUAAGCCUUGCAUUUUGUUAUUAUUAAAAAAAAUACAAAUUGAUGUGUUGAAAACGUUAAUGAUCAGCACAGGGGUCACAAAUUUCUUAAAACGGCUCUGAACAAAAUAAUUGUUAGAAGUGGUUUCGUUUUCGUUACUAUUAUUUAUUAAUGCGGUGCGAAGCAAGACCACAUUCUAGUAAUCAUAUGCGUCUUUUUAUCCCUAGAUCAGAAAGAGUGUCAUUUUCUGUGACGAUUUUUCCGACAAGUACAAGUGCUGUUUCAAAAAUUGAAAAACAAGUAAAGUUACAUUGAUCUGCGUUUCCAAAAAGCGAUAACUUCUUAAUUAAUGAGUAAUCAGUAAUCGUAAUUUGAAACAGAGAUAUAUAAAUUGGUCCCUUUCUAGAAACAAUUGGUCGCUUUCUGGCAUCUUUUAUAACAUCUAUAUGUUGAUAAGAAAGAGUUCUUAAAAGUUUUUGAUAACUAUCCAAAGUCUUUAUCUUGGAUAUAUUUUAUUUUUGCUAAUUUGAGUUUGUCAUCAUCACAUAUUUGUUUUAUUUUUCUUGGUCUUGCUGUACGUUUUCGAGCUUGUUCCUGCUCAUAACGACAAAUUCUUCAGGUAAAUGACCUUCAUUUUAAUCCAUGUCCAGAGAACCAGAUUCGUUCACACGCUUACAUUUAGUGGUCUAUGAUAACCUAAAUAUAGGCCGUGGUGAUUUGCUUCGCACCGCAUUCACAAGUCUUUCGAAGCGUGAUUGCUAUCUAGUUGAUCCUGAGUGAAUUGUUUUGUAAAUUUAUUAAUCUUUAAUCUGUUAUUCGUCUAUUUAGAAUUGUUCAAUUUCUUAUAUAUCGAACCAAUUUCAAACAUUGAUUACUUCAUCCCUUUGGCAAGAUACCGUUGAUUUCACUACAUUACUUAAGCCAAUCUAUGAACAAUGUAGAAAUUUUAACACUGAAUAUUCUUCGUUUCGACAACAGUGUGGUUAUUCAUUUUUAUCUCUCUAUAACUUUACAACAAUUCAGCAUUCACCACUGCUGAAAGUGAUUGAAAGUACACGAACAUCUGAAUAUUUGACAACAAUAUUUCAAACACCCAUCUGUUUUAUAUCGUUAAGUAAUCAAUUUUAUAUGACCUACCACAACUUCUUCAAUUCAUACGCAUUUGAUUUCAAUCGGCAUACCAUCGCUAUAUUUUUCGGUAAUGCUUUACCAUCAUUUAUCGUCUUAAUUGCCAAUCUAUUAUCGAUUAAAGCUAUUUUUUUCUCAAAAAGUUUGAAAUAUUUGACUAAAUCCACAAAAGUUAAUCGUGGUCCACGUCAUAGUGACAUUCGCGCCUUUAUCGUCAUUUUACUCGAAAGUUUUUCUAUUAUUGCUAUUAGUUGGGGUAUACCCAUUGCUCUAACAAUGUAUAAUUGUCACACACUGUAUGUGAUUGAUAUUGACAGUUGUAAACAAAUUACUCGUGUACUCAUUGUGUUUUUAUUUAUUGAUUUAUUCAAUUCAUCUACAAAUUGUUUGUUAUAUUCCUUAUCUGGAAGACUAUUUCGACGCAAUUUUUUAUCUUUAGUCAAAGCAAUUUUCACUUGUGGGCAUAGUACAUGCUGUUAUGUGAAAAAUGAUAAUCCAUUAACUCGUAUACCCUUCGUCCCUCCUAAUCGACAUCAGAAUAUUAAUCAUAAUAAUAAUAAUAAUAAUACUACUAUUACUAAUAAUAAUAAUGAUAAUAAUAAUAUUAAUACUAAUAAUAACAACAACCAUAUGGAUCAUAUAUCAAUUGUCACCAAUUUGAAUCAUGCCGAUUUUACUCUACUAACCAAACGUCAACAGCUACGAAAACCUAGUGAUUGUCCAUCGCUUCUCGGAAUGAAAGAAUCAGGAACAUCAAGAGAAGAAAAUUAUUCAUCGUCUAAUAUAGAAAGUGAUAGAGACGACAAAUCACAAGACUAUCAAACUUCAAGAAAACUAAGUACUGAUUACUUAAAAUAUUAUAUUGUAAACAAAGUUAGAACACUAAAACAACGUUCAUCACACAAGGAAAGCAAAAAAGAUACAAAUCAGAUUCCUAUGGACUUUAUUACAAUAACGGCGAAAAGAAGAAACCGUUUAUCAUUGAGUUCAUUAUCAUCUUACCCUAAUUCAAAUACACAAUCUCGGCUAAUUGCAUCACCCCAUCAGGCAACACUUUUAUUAGUAGAGGAUAUAAAUGAAAAUAAAACAAAAUUUCAUAGUUUGACUUGUGUGUGA